AGUACAACUAAGGUCAUGUAAAAGUUUAUUACACCUGUACAACAUGUAAUAACAAGGCUGAAGCCUAGCACAGCCUAUAUAUAUCUUCUAAUCAAUAUGCUGACACCAUCUUUUAAUAUUAUACAAGAUGAGCAGUUUGUGAUUGUGAAUAUCAGAGUUCCCUACGUGAAGAUAUCUGAGGCUGAGUUUCACAUCAAUGGCUGUGAGUUCAAGUUCUUCUGCAAGCCAUACUUCCUCAGGCUGCACUUACCGGGUCAGGUGACUGAGGAUGGAAGGGAGAAAGCUGUGUUUGACAUAGAAAAAGGUAGCGUGACGGUACACCUGCCCAAGCUGCAAUCUGGAGAGCAUUUUGACAAUCUGGGCAUGCUCACCACUCUUCUAUCUAAGAAACCAGCAAAGGCCACCCAGAGCCAGAAACCCCUCAUUGAGGUCAUUGGAGCAAAUGUGAGGGAUAGCUGCUCGAGUGAGUCGGAAGAUGACAUUGACUGGCAGGCGGAGCAAAUACUUUCUGAGGACCACCCACUAAACCACACCCCCUCCCUCAUGCCUAACGCUAUUGCCUAUGGAUUUGCCAACCAACACAGUGGUGUCUUUUUAAAGCUACAGGAGGAGAUUCCAAGUAUAAUUGACUGUCCUGAUCCAGAUCACAUGACAUCAUAUGAGCGAAGACUGGCACGUAUUGCUCAGGAGGAGAUAAGCUUCAGCCCGGACCACUACCUGGCUGAUCUCAUGGACAAUGAUGUAAUGGAUAGCCUGCUAAAGUUUGAACCUGCCUGGAAGAACGAACUGACUAGGUGGAAAGAAAUGAAAGAUCAAGUGUCUCAAAAUACAAGUGCUUCAGUGAAGCCAUCCAAGCCCACUGAGGCUGGUCAAGAAAUAGUGCCAUUUUCACAAUCUGAAAGGGAAAAACUGAAAGACCUCCCAAACAAGGACUAUCUCCUCGACAAGGCAUCCUCGAGGUGCCUCUAUCUCGGACUGAUUGACAUCAUCUUUGCCUUUGCCUACAAUCAUCGCACGACUGAGGGAGAGGGAAAUGUUGAAUCUGCCUGGACAGUGUGUAAACUAAGCCCCACCCUCUCGUGGCUCGAGGUUCAUCGAGGGAGUGUGCACGAUGUCGUCUGCAACUGUCUCCGACGCUCACUUUGCUACCCGCUCUACCGACACUGGCAGCUCACUCUCACUGUCCUGCAAGACACCAGGGACAUCUUCAGACUAGGGAGGAGAAAGCUGCUUCAGUCUCUGUUGUCAGUACACCACGCCCUGAACUCCUCUGAACCCUACUAUGUUCUCAACAACCUCUACAUCACGGACUACUGUGUAUGGGUGCAGACAGCAAGCGUCAGACAGAUACAGUCAUUGGCGGACGAUUUAGAUGAGGUUUGUGUGCCCAAAAAGUCACUGGGUUGGGAGCUGGAUGAGCUAGAAGCAGCUGCUCAACUAGUUCUGGAGAGUUCGACCAACUCAGGCAGUGAACAAGAAAACUCCAGUGAGGACAGCAGUAGUGAGUCUAGUGAAGAGAGUUGUGAGGGGUCCUCAAGUGCAGAUGAAGAUGAAAGUGAGACCAGUGCAAUAGACGAAUCUAAACAGAAUUGUUUUGACAGUGAAGAAGCUGUUGCUAGCAAAACUGAUAGUGCUGAGCAACAAGCGCAAAACGUAUCCAAUGAACAACAAGGUCUAACUUUAAUUUCUCCCGCUCGACAAACCACACCUAGUUUGCUAGAGCAACUUGUUAAUCUCAGUAUUCAAAAUCAAUAA